GGAUCGCUGUGCGCGGAUGCCUUUCCUUCAAGCUCCUGGCUGCCGUUAAGAAUGACCCUGCGGCACACAGUGCUCCUGCACUGGAAGGUCUCGAGCAGCGCUGUCCAGCGGAAACAGAGUGUGAAGCAUAUGCAUAACUUAGAAUUUCCUGGUAGUCAUGUUAAUAAAGGGAAAAAGAAACAGGUUCUGGGCGUGGGGAGGCCGAGACGAGGGAGUGCAUCUACUACAACGCCAACUGGGAGCUGGAGCGCACCAACCAGAGCGGCCUGGAGCGCUGCGAGGGCGAGCAGGACAAGCGGCUGCACUGCUACGCCUCCUGGCGCAACAGCUCCGGCACCAUCGAGCUGGUCAAGAAGGGCUGCUGGCUGGAUGACUUCAACUGCUACGACAGUCACGUACGAGCCACCCCCGACAGCCCCCACCCUACUCACGGUGCUGGCCUACUCGCUGUUGCCCAUUGGGGGUCUCUCCCUCAUCGUUCUGCUGGCUUUCUGGAUGUAUCGGCAUCGCAAGCCCCCCUACGGCCAUGUGGACAUCCACGAGGACCCUGGACCUCCACCCCCAUCCCCUUUGGUGGGCCUGAAGCCACUGCAGCUGCUGGAGAUCAAGGCUCGGGGGCGCUUCGGGUGUGUUUGGAAGGCGCAGCUCAUGAAUGACUUUGUGGCUGUCAAGAUCUUCCCGCUCCAGGACAAGCAGUCGUGGCAGAGUGAACGGGAGAUCUUCAGCACGCCUGGCAUGAAGCAUGAGAACCUGCUGCAGUUCAUUGCUGCUGAGAAGCGAGGCUCCAACCUCGAGGUGGAGCUGUGGCUGAUCACAGCCUUCCAUGACAAGGGCUCCCUCACGGAUUACCUCAAGGGAAACAUCAUCACAUGGAACGAACUGUGUCAUGUGGCGGAGACAAUGUCAAGAGGCCUCUCGUACCUACAUGAGGACGUUCCCUGGUGCCGCGGCGAGGGCCACAAGCCGUCUAUUGCCCACAGGGACUUUAAAAGCAAGAAUGUAUUGCUGAAGAGUGACCUCACGGCCGUGCUGGCUGACUUUGGCCUGGCUGUUCGGUUUGAGCCAGGGAAACCUCCGGGGGACACCCAUGGACAGGUGGGAACGCGACGUUACAUGGCUCCUGAGGUGCUUGAGGGAGCCAUCAACUUCCAGAGAGAUGCCUUCCUGCGCAUCGACAUGUAUGCCAUGGGGCUGGUGCUGUGGGAGCUUGUGUCCCGCUGCAAGGCUGCGGAUGGGCCGGUGGAUGAGUACAUGCUGCCCUUUGAGGAGGAGAUCGGCCAGCACCCGUCGCUAGAGGAGCUGCAGGAGGUGGUUGUGCACAAGAAGAUGCGGCCUGCCAUUAAGGAUCACUGGCUGAAGCACCCGGGCCUGGCCCAGCUCUGUGUGACCAUCGAGGAAUGCUGGGACCAUGAUGCAGAGGCUCGCCUGUCUGCUGGCUGCGUGGAGGAGCGGGUGUCCCUGAUCCGGAGGUCGGUCAACGGCACUACCUCGGACUGCCUUGUCUCCCUUGUGACCUCUGUCACCAACGUGGACCUGCCUCCUAAAGAGUCCAGCAUCUAAGCCCAGGACACGAGUGGCUCUCCAGACUCAGUGAUCUGAAGAGGAAAGGAAAAAAAAGUUGUGUUUUGUUUUGGAAAUCCCAUAACACCAACAAACACAUAAAAUGCAGCUGCUAUUUUACCGUGACUUUUUAUUAUUAUUAUAAUUAUUAUAAUUAUUAUUAUUAAUAUUAUUUUUUGGAUUGGAUCAGUUUUUACCAGCACAUUGGUCUACUGUAUCGCAAACAGCGGACACGUCAGCAGGCGUUGAGGUGCUGAGCUGUGAACGCAGAACCAGCGCCAUGCUGAAGAGCCUCAGCCACCUCCUGUCCUUUGGGGUUCAUUUUUCCUGCUUUCUCUUUGUUUGUUGUCUCAGAAUCUGUGACACAAAGAAACCCAUCUCCUGUCUUAGGAAACUUAAUGCUGCAAACUCUACUUAGAGGAACCUUUGAAGACUGUUACAUAAGAACACUCCUUCCUCAAAAGAGGAGUUUCCUUCUGCCCUCCCCCUCCCCCCUUUUAUUGUGUUUUUCUCCCUUUUUAGACAGUGAGUUAAAGAAACAGCAGAUGUGUCUUUCACGGAUUAAUGGGUGUUCUCCUGUCCGAGGAAAAACUGGAUGAGGAUGAGGAUGGUUCGGACUAGAGUUGGAAGGGGAGGAUGGAGCUGGGGUUGGGGUUUGGAGCAGAGCUACACUGGACUCGGGCACAUUCGGAGCAACAUCCUUUACUGUGGAGGCUACUUCUCAGGUAACCAGGAAUCGAGGGGAAGGACCGUGCAGAGGCCGAGCAUGAACGGCAAGAGCAGGGGUUUGGAGAAAGGAUGAACGCAGGUGUGGCUCUGUCCCAUCUGCUGGCCCUGGCCAGUUUUUCUCACUAACUUGGACUGGAACAGAGGACAAAAUAUUUUUUUUCUGCCCUACUUCUAAGGUUAGGUAAGGGCAGAAAUCAUCAUGGUUUUUGAGUACAUUUUUCAUAAGACAAUGUGCUGUAAAUGUCUUUGAAAAAAAACCGAAAAAUGUUGCUCCCUCCGGAGCGGUUCAGGGAACUGCCCACAGGGGCACCCUGCACAGCCCAGGCAGGAGGAUUUCCUGGGCAGGGCUUGCCAGGGCCUGCCUCUCUGGAGACUCUGGAGUCCUGCAGUGCUAGCUCUGCCCUGUGUAGUGACACUACUGUCCUCUCUGUGGCUUGUGGACACAGCUUUCUCCAGACCCCUUAAAGUGGUGCAUAUUCUAUAAAAACUUUUUCUAUUAUGCCAUAACCUUGCUCUAGUCAGUGAAUGUUCCUAAUGCUGCUGUUUCAACAUUUGAAUUUUUUUUUAAUUUAUGAAACACACAAAUUUUUUUUAAAAAACAAAACACAUCCACAUAUACACACACACGCUUUGCUAUGUGGCUUCCGAGGUUUAAAUUUUGGAAAGUAAAAGAAUUAAAACUUCACGACCACAGACCACCUCAAACCAGAAAUACCUCAGAAUUUUCUACUUGUGUAAGUUUUAUUAUAUAUUUUGUUAGUUGUGUUGUCUUGUAGUAAGUAUAUUUUAAUGUAAGUUGGCUUUUAUGACAAGAAAGUUUAAAAGAAAUAGAGAAAAAGAAAAAAAGCUUGAGUCUUCUAGGGAGUGCUCCCGAUUUUGUUUGAUUACACCCCCUUGUAAAUAAUUGUUACCAACUGUAGGUUGGCUGUCUGGGCAUUCAUCGCUCUUGUUUGUGAAGGCUUUUCCUUCUGGUUUCUUUAGACCAUUUUGUUUAAAAAACUGGAUCUCUUAAUCUUGAGAGAAGGUAAGUCCGUGGGCGAGGGGAAAGAGGUUGACUUGGUUGAGAUUGGAGAGGGCCUCCUCUUGGGUUAUUUGGAGGUUCAGAUGUUUCCUUCAACUUGAUUGGUUGAUGUUCAGAAUGACAGGUAACCCCACUUUAACUUGGUAAAACUGUGGCCCUUAGACCUGCAUGAGGUCAUUUUACUUGAGAUUUUAUUUCGUAAGCACGGAUCGCUGCAGAGAUCUCUGGUGUCUCUGAAUCCACGCUGUGUCUCGGGCAGUUGUGAUAGGAGGGUGCACCUGCGAGUGGAGGGUUUCAUACUCUGUCCUGGAGGCCACUGCAGCCUCAGCACGUACCCUCCUGCCGUCUACUCCCUGCUCAGUGCGCUGUAUGUGGCGCAGCACCCGGGCCCUGCCGCCUGGCUGUGUCCUCGUCUCUGGGUGUUUGGGCACAGGGUGCUGUGGGAGGGGAGUUUGCUUCCCUGUCAGAGCCCAGUUUUUAUUUCAUGGGUCAAAAUGUGAACUGGCCAAGGUGGUUACAGGGACAGGUUUUCCUUUUGUGUUUUUGUAUUUUUGGUAAGCUAUAUGGUCUUUCUUCCUUUUUGAAACUAUUUGACUUUGUGCUGUGGUAAUUUUCUUCCCUCGGAAUAAUUUUUAACAGCAAAACAGGCCUUACAGCAGUUGCUUUUCUUUUCCACUUAUUUCUUUAGGAAGCUUUAAAAUAUUUAUUGAAAAGUGCCAUAUCUAAUUUCUUUAGCUUUCUCCUCAGGCAGUGCUGGGUGUCUCUCUACCUUCAGAAGAAACAAACCACUGACAAAUGUAGCUCAUUUACUAUGGGAGCGGUCAGAUCGCCGAUCCUGCCUAGUGCGGAACACUAAACCCCAGCAUCUCCAUUUGGUUUUAGAUUUUUUCUGGGUGAUUUUUCUUUUGUGUGCUGGCUUGAUUCUUGUGAGAACAAGUUCUGACCUGGCUGUGGAGAAUUGUGCCGGUCAGGACACGGUACGUGACAGGGCAGGCCUUCCAUCGGCCUACAGGCCUUUUAUGUGGGUGGGCUCCUCCUUUGCCAACCCUGUGCUCAGCACUGUAGCAGCCCUUGGCACCAGAGUGAAGUGUCAGGACAUGAUGGUACCUAUUUGUUUCGGCAGAGAGAGGGAUGUUUGGGGUGGUCUGUGUCAGACUAUGCUUUUCCCUCCUGUUGCAUACAUGCAGUCAUCAGGCAGUCUCCCUGAGUGCUGCCAGUGGUUCGAUGGCUGGAAGGUGAGUGAUCUUUCCAGGGCACACAGCUGAGAGCCUGGGUGGGACUCAGAAAAGUAUUUGCUGUUGUAUACUCUUUUGGGGAGUGAAUCAUCUAGAGCCCUGGUUUGUGUUUAAUGGGUUGAGGGGCCUCUGCUUAUGUUCUUUUGCAAAGACCUCAUGUGACAUCCACUUCUAGGGAGCUUGGCUAGCCGCUCGUUCCCUAUCCCCAAGUGGAAGAUUGGUGGGAAUGGCGCCUGGUAUCAUUUUUCCUGCCUGUGAGAGGGACUUCCCCUUCUAGGAUAGGAAGGUGGUCCAAGAUCCUUGCUCUUUUGAUUCUAGAGUGCAGUCACACAAACAGGCUCAUGACUGUGGGGUGGACUUUGGGGCAGAAUGUGUUAUGUUUGGAAACACCCAUGAUCACUCUAGAAAGACAUCCCUAGCCAGGGAAAUUUAGGAGUGAGCAAGAGGAGAAGGAAGCAGAUGGGCACAGAGGCCAUGGUGUCACAGUGUCCAGCAGAGGACUGUCUGUGACUUGGGGCGGGGGGUAUGUCGAUGAGGGCAGGGAAGGCCAUGGACAUAGUAGAGCCUCCUGGGACUGGCAUGAGCCAGUUUUCUCUUGGGGCCAUUGGUCCUUACAAGGAGUCCUUAGGGGGAAUUGCUCAGGGUGAGGGCUGCAGAUGGACCUUUCUUAGGAGAAAGUGGGCAUCAUUAGUCUGCAUUGUCCUGUUUGCCUUCCUAGAUGCCCCGUAGAAUCACCCUGCUUGGGGUGAUCUUCCCGUGUACUAGCUGCUUCUUGUUCAGAAUCCAUCCUGUCUGAACUUGAGGGGCAUGUGUAUAGAACAAGAAAGAUCUUAUCUAGCCUUGAACAUAUUCAGGGCAUGCUGCAGCUGGGAACCUAGGUGGGACUUACUCAGAUUUAAUGUUUAUUUGCUGUCGUGUAUUCUUUGGGAACUGUCAUCUAGAGCCCUGGUUUGUAUUUAUUGGCUGGAACCUCCCCACUCAGCAGAGGGAAGCAUCUCAUCUCCAGGCCACUGAGUGCUUCUUUUGCCCUACGAUGCCAGCCCAGCCCUCUUGUGGUUUGAUGCUUUAGAGGCAAAGCAGAUGAUCUGCAGUUCUCAUCUGUCAUCUUUCUCCUUGAUUGGCAUGUUCUUGCUUCCUGCUACCCUGCCACUCUGCACUGGGUGCUUGGCUGGUGACUGGCCUCUCCUUGGUGGCAGUUCCAAUGGUGUGUUGAAUAUUCACCACGGGCAGUGUCUCAUGACCGCUCUGUUCUGAGCCAGGAGGGCAUGGAGGCAGCAAACCUAUACAGGGUGGGACGACUGGAUAGCUCUCUCUUGUAACUGGAACUUUGCCCUUUAUUAGACUGCAGUAUAAAGUUCACAGCACUUACUGGUAAUACAGGAUUUGAAGAUUUUUAGUAAUGUAGUAUGCAUAAGUGAGUUUUUAGACUUGGUUAGAAGUUGAGUGGCCAGGCAUUAUUCUUGAGAACUUGGCUCACUAGAAAAAUAGUGAAAUUGGAAGGCAUUUUCCAGGAGUUAGCUUACUUUGAUUGUCGGUCCCAGCUGUUUCAACAGCCUAUUGGCUUCUAAAUGGCUCAUCUUUGGAGAGAUGGCUAGGCCUGGUUCACAUUUCAGGGCACUAGACCAUACCUAUCUAAGCACGGUGAAUUUACUCCUCUACCCCCCAUCUCGGGUGAGCAGCCAGAUAGGAAAGAGGGCCAGGGAGUCUUCUUCUCAUUUGGGUGACAUAAAUUUUCCUUCGCUGUUUACAAAAGCUGAACUAAUAAAAUAGUCAGAUAAUGUGUUCAAUAUAGUGAUGCGUUUAAGUCUUCAUCAACAGAACUCUUUGUCUUCUCGGUCUAGAUUUGUAAAUAUUUAAUAAAUUCAGGGUUGUUUGUACAUGUUGUUCUUUAAGUAAGAUUACUGGUAGUUGAUUUGUAACCAGCAAUCCACCUAUGAAUGUAUCCCAAACCUUUAGAAGGCUUGGAAAAGCUUUUUAAGAGAAUGAUUUAGUUUUUUUAGGAAAAAGAAAUUGAAGUGUAAGAUGUUCCCCUUGGAAAUUAAUUCAGUUGAUAACAGCCACCUUUAAAAAAAAAAAAAUUACAUGCUCUAAGAGACCCAUAUACUAUCAUCAAAUGAAAAUCCAAGUUGUCUAGUAGGGUAUUUUGAAUAUUCCUAUUUUAUACUUAUUUUAGGUCCACUCUAAGCUUUGGUUUGAAUGAGAUUUUGAAUAGAAAGAAGUUACUACCAUUUAAAUUUUUACCAACGUUUUACAUUUUUGUGGCGGUAUCUUCCAGGUAUGAAUGAAGCAGGACUUUCUGAUUGUAGUCCUCUGUAUAUCCCCCGUAGUGCCAAAACCAGUGAUAGUUUAUUUGCUCCUAUGGCAGCUCAUAGACAUAACACAUAUAGUUUUUUCUCAUGAAUUAAAAUGCAUUUUCUAGAUGCCAGUAUGUGGUGAUGGGCCCUCCUCUGCCCUUCUUUUCCCCAGGAGUAUCUUUGAACUGUCUGGGGAGUAGGUAAUUCUGAGAACUACUGCAAGCCAACUACAGGACACUAAAGAAAUAGACACGUGGACAUGUUUGUCUGCAAUGGACUAUACAGAGCUGGAUGGACAUCUGUGGAAAAGUGUUAAUUCAUGUCUAAAGUUUACGUUUACAGUUAACGGAAAAUAUGCCCCGCUGGCUCAUGCUUUUCAUGCAGGUGGGGAUGGGUGUUUUGAAGUGGAUGAGUUCUGUCUUGAGUCCUGGGAAUUACUGCUAUUGAUUGGGCACAGACUCAUUCCCUGACCCUCGCAAUCAUGGUUGCGUUGGAAUGUUGGUAGGUAGCAUGUAAAUAAAAGAAUAGGCUAUAUAAUAGAGAUCUGACACUUGAACUUACACUUUAAAAAAGCUAUAGCUCUACAUAUAUAUUUAGUUAUAUCACCUGACGGAUUCUUCUGCACAGUGUGGAGAUUGUUUUGUACCACAGAUUAUUUUUAUAAAAUCUAGUGAGUUUGAGAAGAAUGAUUUUUGUACAGAAUAAUGAGCUUUACCUUUCGAGAUAAUGUACACUGGAGUAUGGUUGGUGUGGAGCUUUCACUUGGUACUCAUGAGGCACUGGCAGGCUGGAGUCCACCAGCCUGGGUCUUGUUUGGCCAGCAUUCCGCUUGUGGCUGGGCAGUGACGCUUCCGCAUGGCUCCCUGCAGCCUGGGAGGAGCAGGGCUGGGGAGGCCAGAGGAGCCUGCAGUGUGUUUUACACUUUGUUCUUCCUCCUGAGAUUUCUUUUGAUCAAAGGGCUCUGAAAGUUAAACAUUAUUUUUUAGGUUCCUGCUGUAGUAUGUAGUAAUUUGAGGGUGUUUUGGGGAACAGAAAUUGUGUGCGGGCGCGGAUUGGGGCAGGUUGGAGCUAGAGUAAGAUUCAGACUAUAAAAAUGAAGAUUCGGAGAUUUGAAUGAGCCACCCAAACUGAAUUAUCCAGGACCAGAUUACCCAGUUUUCAGGACAGACAUUCCAGCUGAGUCCCUGUGUGGACAGAGUGGGGAGAGAGGGGUGGACAUAGUGCUCACACUAGAUGGGCAGCGCCGGGCACCUUUCUUCUCUCUGGCAGGGCUAUUUGGAAGUGAGAGUGGUUGGCUGAGCUCGUGAGUUAUCCAGGAGCCCGUGGAGGAAGCUCAGAACCCCAAUCGGCAGAGCAUUGUUCAGAUGUCUACAUGUUCUCCUGCUCGUCCUACAAAGGUCAACAUCGCAGCCAUGAUUUGGGAGGCGGUUUUCAUGGUAGCCUCUUUUUUUUUGAGUAGAGAGUGGUUGGUUGUUUGGAUGAACCUUUUUGAUGGCGAUAUAGGGGAAGCGUAUAAUGAGGCUUAUUCUUCAUCUCUCUAAUUGCAGUUCUGAGGCCCAGCUGAAGACUGUGCCCAGGCCUGCUUGCUGGCUUAGGCUACUGUGUCCAGAGUACGCUGGUUAGGAAAGUCUUGUCAGGAGACUCCAUGAUGUGUCAUUUUAAACUAAUUGCUUUUCAUUCAUUCUGGUUUAGAGUAAAGUUUUACACUUUAUGCCUUUUAUAAUUUGGAAUAAAUUUAGUUUCAGUGCUCCGGAAACCAUCCCAUUGUUUCUUUCCUCAUCCCCCGUAAAAGAACAUUUCCCUGCUCUCCAGCUACGAGUCUUGGAAUGUAAUUCUGUUGUGCCUUUGUUUUUGUCACUUGCCUCCCCUCCACCCAACAAAAGCAACUGCUGUAAGUUUUUUUCUACUUAUCUUUUCUAGCCUGAAACCCCACCUUUUUCCUUUUUUCCCAGCUAUAAUUUCUGGAGGCACUUGUCCUCCAGAUAUUUUAAGAACCAUUUACCUCAGACCUCAUGUUGAACGGUGUCACCAUCUGGGUCCUCUUGGUACUGCAGGCCUGUAACACACGUGCAGGAGCCCUGCCAAGUGUGGGCACUUAUUUGUUUUAAAGUAAAAUUCUUCCCAGGGACUGGAAACGGGGCUUCUGGCAAGCUCUUAGCGCCACUGUGGUGGGGUGGGUCUCGUGUGUCAUCUGAACGGUGCUUCCUGUGCUCCUCUUUGACUUCUGCCAUUUCCAGUAUUCUUGGGCAACGUGAUUCAGUCGGCUGGUCUUGCACACAAAUCAGUUCCAAAGAUGAGCUCUUUGUAACACAUCUCCAGCCAUUCAACUCAGAUGUAGAACAUUCCUUUAAAUGGCAGGAUUAAAAAACCCAAACCCUCCACCACAGUGCAUUUUGGGAAGAUGUCUGUAGCAUAUGUUGCUGUGAAAUUAGGCCUUGUGGGAUAUGGCUGUUUGUCAUUUUGAUGUAUUUUAAAUAAAUAAAUAUAUAUAUAUUUUUAAAAGAGCCUUUUUUACCAAUUCAGAAAGUUUAAUUAACCAGCAGUCACCACAUCUGAAUUUUUGUCUCUGGGGCAUAGAUGGCAGACCAAGAUUAAAAGUGGUAACUCAGCCAUCUGAGUGCGGGCUACCUGCCGCCUGCCUGGGUGGUGCUGCGGGCUGUGGGACACCAAGGUCAGUGUGUUCCCGGUGGGGCCCAACCCAGCCCGCGGAGCGUUUGGUCUCUGCCCUGCUCAGCGGACUGUUGACUUCAGUCCCUGCAAGUGCUUUAGCCCGCAUGGGGUUUUCUCAGAGCACUGCCACGAGUUAAGUGUAUGUUUAGCCAAAUAAUUUCUCCAUAAGGGAAAAAACGCGCUCAUCCAAAUUUUACCAGCAGUGACAGAGAUGAGAGUAGGAAAGAUCAGGCAAUAUCUGGGUUUUAAGAAAGCGUCCAAGUGAUUGUCGAGGCUGUCUGAGAGCCAGUGAUCAUAGAGAUUCUUAGAGGAUCUCAUCUGAAAGUGUUAAGACCUCCUGUGAGGGGGAGGGAUUGUUAAAAUGCCAGCGGUUUCCUACCCCCCACCCCCAUUUUUUUCUAGGAUUUUGUAAAAAUGCAAAGAAAAUUGAGUGGUACUUGAGAAUCGAGGGGAAGGGUUACCGCAGAUUAGAAACAAACAUACUUUUAGAUUUCAGUUCUACACCACAAAUCCACACAACACCAUUUUUCAACUGUACAAAAGAAUCUGCUUGUGAAUUUGACAUGCUCUUAAUGGUAGCGUCUGAGGCCGAAUUUUUCACCUGUUUAAUCAGAUUAUUUUCCACAUUUGUCCUUGAGUCUGAAUAACUUUAUACAGUACUGUAAAUUUAACUUCUAUUGAGUUUGAUAUCAAUUCUUGUGAAAAGAGCUUCUGCACAUAACACACAUACAGUUAAAGAACACAGCAGAGUACAAAAUUUGCAGGACCAAUUUUAGAGUCAGCAGAGUGUCACCUCUCAUUUGCCAUCUUAUCUAUCAGUUUUACCAGCUACUUCUAAAUUUGUACAUUAUUUGUAAGGAAAAGAAGGAAAACCCUAAGACUUGUCUAACUUAGUGGAGAAUGUGUGUGUUGGGUUUAGGGUGGAUAGCAAAGUCUUCUUGAGCUGUGUUAUCUUAACUUGUAUAUAAAAAUUGUAAUUAAAAGUUUGGAUUCACCUGUUUCUUGCGGUUUAAAACAAUGAGUAAUUGCAAACUCUGGAAAUGUGACUAGUAUAUGAUUUAAGGCUGUAGAAGUGAGGAAGCUCUUCAAGUGCUAAAACUAAAGACUUCUAGUUUUUGGCUCAAAUUCAAUAAGUACUGUUUGUAUACCAGGAUAUGUGAGAUGUAAAUGUAAUAGGUCACUUUUCACCCUUGUAGCUAUAAAAUAAAAAUUUUGUAGAACAGAAAUAGCUUGUACUACUGAAUUAACAAAAGUUAUACUAAAGUAUGUUUUUUUAAAAAUAUAUAUAUAUACACAGUUAAGCUUGUUGCUGUUACCCUGUCUGGAUUUGAAAAGUGUGCUGAUUUAUAUAUAUAUAUAUAUAUAUAAAACACACACACACACACACAUAUAUAUAUAUUAGAUACACGCACACAUCAAAAAUGGCCUAAAGCAGACAUCCGUGUAAUUACAGUUGCAAAAUGAAGACGUUUUGGAAAGAACAUUGUAUCAUAGUUCAUUCAUUUGCAGUGGAUCUUUGUUCCUUUUUACUGUGGUAAUUUUAGAAAUGAGUGUCAAGUUUGAAAUUAGAUCUGCUAAGUUGGGGUUUUGCUGCUUGAACUCUGCACUGGGUCCUCAAACCGAUGUGAAUGUAGUUUUUCCCCCUGUGUGAAGAAGCAGCCACACCCCAACAGAAUAGGAGGAAAAAUCUAGAACUAUUUCAAGUUUUAUCUUUUCGUAUAUGAAAAUA